AUCAAAAGACAAGAUAUUUGAAAUGCAAUGAUAUAUAAAAAGAAUGCGGUUGUGUUGAUGUUUGACCUCUUUGAUGAUCCGUACUUUGUUGAAAAUAUCCAACUUCCGUUCACCGGCGUUCUGUUAUUGUCAUGGCGGCAUUUCAAACACUUGAUAAGCUUUGGUUCAAAUUUAAAAAGAAAACCAUGUUCCAUAUUUAGUUGUACUUCCAGUUACCUGGGAUUCAUUUAAUUACGUUAAUGUUUCCGAACUGCAAUUCAAAAGUGUAACGUCAGUUAGCUUGCUAAUGCUAACUCAUUUGGAUUAACGUUACGUAUUGUUAGCUAUUUUGGCUGUAAUGACUGCACAGUUCCUGCACCACAGAGGCCCCACGAUAACUGAGCCAUCUCGAAGUCAAGGGAGAAAAUGGGUCGUCUCAGACCCCACCAGAAACAUUCAUAACUGCGACGAUCUAACUACGGCCAUGUCCCGAACCAAGCUACUGUUCAGUGAGGCUUUCCCUGCAAGUUGCAGCAACCGUGCCACUCGUGUAUGCCCACCAGCCCCGAUCGUGAUAGAGAAGCUGCUGCCGCCGCCGCCGGGGGAGGAGGAGCGUGAGAGAGCGGAAAGCACCAGAAGCUCAAUCAGCUUCACCACUGUGUCAGAGGAGAGGCUGCGGGCGGCGGUGCGGCUGGCCAAGCGAGAUCUGAGAAGAAGGCGCCUUGAGUCACUAACAGCAUCCCCUGCCAAACCCUCUCAGGAGGCCUCCCUCCAUGAAACAAGCGAUGUCGAGCUGCUCAAGGAGCUUUCUGCCACUCCAAAUAAAGCCAAGUUUAAGACCUCCAGUCCAAAAAAUAACUCAAAAUUGUCAGCAAACAAACCGCAGAAGCAUCCCAUAUUCCCCAUCCCUCAAAUCGGCCGGUCACCUCCUACUAAAGACCCUGGACCAAGACAAUUUAAAGGAGGUAGAAAUGCACCUUUAAGGCAGGAGAUCGUCAAGCUGCAAAAUGAGCUGGAGGUUUAUAUUCAGAAAGUAGAGGCACUGUCCAAUAGAGGGGGGGACAUAGAGGAGCCGCUGGAGCCAGAAGAGCAAAACAAGUUGGAUAUGCGCAGGCAGAAGCAGGCAGGCCGCUCGGCCCGUGUCAUUUAUGUUCUCCAGCAACAGGUCAAGGAGAUACAAGAAGAUAUUGAGAGAUUUCAAAGCCAGAAAAUGUGGGACUCCAAAAAAUCCACAACCGUAAACCGGCUUGCGGCUGCACACCGUGGGACACUCAGGGUUUUGCAGAUUGUCGUCAACCAGCUUUCAGAUCUUUCUCAUGGCAAGGUACCCCCUUAUUACAAAGAGCUGGGCAAGCUGAUUCGCAUGCUCUCGCUGUGUUCAGCUAAGGUUGAAGCGGAACAGAAUCUAGAGACGGCCGACAUCCUGCAGAAACUAGAGACUUUGGAUUCUGCCCUGCAUAAGCAAGAUCUUCUUGAAAGGAUGCAUGCACGAGCACAUCCUCCAAAGUCUCCUCAUCACGGCACGUCACCUUCGAGUGCACCCAUGGGUCCAAGCACCUCAACUGUUCGAGGAACUCACAAACCAGCAAAUCCCAAGAGAGCAAUCCGUGGUAAGAGAAUGGCCUCACAGAAGUCCAAAACGGCUUCUCACCAGCUCAUGAACAGGAGAGAGAUGCUCAGGGCUGGCCUGCAGAGUCUUGCCCUGAGAGAGCUGCAGGGACAACCUCAGACCACCACCACCUGCAGCAAAGGCGGGGCUCCACCCUCUGGGAGAAGCAAAGCUGCCGUUACAAUAAAGAUGCAGGAAGCCGGUUUCCAGCAGCCUACAGUCUCCUCUCAGCUUAGAAUGAACCAGCUCCCUCAGAAAGAGCACUCUGUGCCCUGGAUACCCACCUCCCCCCACUCUCCUCCUCCACAACGAUCCCCUCAGAGGAGAAGACCUGAGCCUCGAUGCCUCUUCUCUCCCUCGAAGCCCUCGUGCAGCCCUCCCAAGCAGGUGGUGAACGCUGGUUUGGGACCAGAGCCGACCCUGACCUCACAAAAGAAGACACAAGCCCAGAAUGAGGCAUUAAGGGAAGCAUGGCUGGAAAAGAUGACGACGCAGAGACUGAACCAGCUCAACCGGCUGAGUCGAGAAGAGGCCCAACGCAUUCAGUCAUUACGGUCAGAAGUUCUCUCGCCGACCCGGUGGGCGGAGCGCGCUGAGCAGGAGGCCAGAGAGAGAAUUCAGCCGCUUCUGGAUGAAGCAAAGUCAGUGGGACUGAGUUUAUUUCAGCAGAUCGGUGAGUCCGGGACGAGAAUCAGCCCCUCGCGGAGGACUGGGCGGCCUGAGGAGGAGGAGGAGGAGGCGGCGGAGAGGCUGAGUGAGGCGCUGCUGGAGGAUCUGCUGGAGGACACUGCGCGGGCGGCGUGGGCGGCUGAGACGGAGCGGCAGUUUGAGGGCACGGCCCAGCGUCGGCUGCAGGCCCCCACCCUGGAGAGUAUGCUGCUUCGUAUGGAGGAGAUGCAGAGGGACCAGGAAGAAGUGAGGAGACGGUUUGCUUCCAUAACCUACUCAGACCCUCUUUACUGGGACAGACCAGAUAAAGGACACCAGGGCCAUGCUCCGCCCUCCAGGCCGGCCUCUCCUCAGCCGAUUAGGCUAACAAAGCCGGUGCCGGGGCAGAGCUCCACAGCUGAUAUUCUCCUAGAGGAGCCUGUGGACACCAGACACGGCGUCGUCUUCGAAAACAGCCUGAGCGACGAGGCGUCCCGAGAGGAGGAGGAGCAGCAGCAGCCCACAUACAACACGGUGUUCCCAGUCCCAGCAGAGAGAGCCGGGGGGACCGUUAUCUCCGUGCCAGGCGGCGCGCUGGGAAACAUCCGGCGGUACCGGGAAGAGUUCGAGGCCCACCUGCGCGCAGCGACUCACGAGGGCGUCGGCAGCGUCAACCCCUGGGCCAUCGCCGACCGCCUGGCGGAGGAGCUGCUGUCGGAGGCUGUGGCCGACGUGGCGGCGGAGUUUCAGGAUGUGGUGGAGGAGUACGCCGAGGCCGUCUUCACCUCCGAGUUUCUGAAGCCGACCCAGUCACCUCCUGCUUCGGCCGGGGCUUCAGUCGGCCAAUAGGACGCUGCGUGCAGCGUCAUGGAUUUACUCGCUUCUUACAAGUUUUAAUGCAUAUUUAUUUUAUUGGAAAAUCUGAAUUUUUGAGAUUUUCAACACAGAAGAUGUGAAUAUAGAUUUUAAGUUUCUCAGGUGGAUGAUUCACCGCAAAAUGAAACUCAUUCACGUCUGAACUUUUUAAAAUUUGUAUUUACUAAGAUGUGUAUUUAAUUGGGAUUUUUCAUUGAAGCUGCAGCCGAUGAGAUUGUUUAAUUGCACAGGGAGCGUACUCCGUACUCUUCAUGGUCCAUCUGUAUCUGUGAUUGAAUUCUGCUGGGAAAGUUACUUUGGUUUAGAUUAGCUUGGAGAGACCAUUACAGAGGAUUACACGAUUACCGCCCUACGCUUGCACUCACUUUCAAUCCCCCUGAGGAUUACACACACUUUCUACUUUCACGUUAGUGUACGGAAAUAAAAUCGUUGCAAUCGUUUCCCGCCAAAACGAUGCUAAAAGCCAAGUAGAACUUGUGUCCUUGUUUGGUUUAAAUGUUGUAAACACAGCAAAGAGCUUUCUUUCUCCUAACCGGUGAAUGUGUUACCACAGUAAAUUGUACAGAUUAAAGAGUAAGGUGUUAAUAUUCUUUUGAAUUGUUUUAACACCUUUUUUAAAAAUAAUCUCUUCAGUGGGUUUCCUGUUUUUCUUGUUUGUGUACUGGAAUCUUGCAUAAUAAUGGUGAGAAAUGCCCCUUUUUGAAUGCAAAAUAAAAGAGGAAGGACUUGGAAGACCCCAAAAAAACGGAUUCCCUUGAGAGCAACAUUAAAGCCGCUCAGUCCGAGCCGAGGGGACACAUCCAGAUGCUGUGUCGGCCUGUGGGGACCAGCCUCUGACAGGGGACAUACAGUGACUGAACAAAUUAGCUCACAUUGAAUCAGCUGCCGAGACUUUCUCUCCCGCUGGCUCCUGCGUGGGCGUCUGAAUACGUGCCGGCUUUCACAGGCUCCAACUCGGUUUCAUCUUCGCUAUCCAGGACUAAUAUAAAGCGCUAGGCUCGAGGAGACGCUGGUGCGGCCGUCUCCACGCUGCCCAACGGGCCUGAGGGGGUUCUGACGUCGGCCAACGGGGAAUGACUUCAUUUUCAAGUGCCAAUUUCUGAUCAUUUCUCCCUGUCAUGGAUCAGAAAUGUCAAACGAGUCGGCUGAGAGGCGUUUUACAGAUAAAAUAGUUUCAGCCGGCACCACUUUUGCGUGUGGGACUGUGUCCUCGCAGCGGACCGCCGAGCUGGCUCCCUGCUUUCUUUGAACAUCUGUCGCAUAACGUUCAAAAGCAGAUGUUGCAGCUCACAUACCAGACUUGGGACUGGUUUGCACAUUUUAUCGUUUCAAAUGGUCAGAGUUUUGACCUUGCCACCCGCAGGCAGUGCCUCAUUGUCAAGGCUAAUUUGAGAGGACUGAAUCAUAUCCAUUAUGUGUGUAGAAAGCACUGUGCCGUGCAGGUGCAUCGAGGAUGUGCCACGUGGGAUGCUUAUGCAACGUGUUCAGCUGAUGCUUAAACUACAUAUGAUGGCUUAUCACUCAUGUUUGCUUUUUGGAGGGAUCAUUUCGGCUUUCUUGAUGAACCAUCUGUCAUGCAAAUGCUUGCGUUGACUGCAUCUUCGACAUCAUGGAAGUUCUUUUUACUCAAAUUAUUUUUGAGGCUUCAUUUGCAAUCUGCAUUUCAUAAGACACCUGGGCAGCUUUGGCUUGUCUGCAUCAUUAAUUCAGACACGGCUUUUCCUUUUGGGUGCAAUCAACGGUCUCAGAGCCAGAAGCCUGUUAUGAAACAAGUGAACAAGUAGAGUCCUUGCAGAUAAUCAAUGAAAUUCCCACCACAGUCUUAUAAAGACAAUCUCAUUGCACUGACUUUAGAAACAUGAAGUAAAGCAAAAAUGAUCAAAACCCUUCUUGAAGAAUCUAAGGUUACUUGAUCUGCCGUGACUGUGGGUUUGUAUUAUUCAUUUUUAGUUUUUUUUUAGCUUAUUAAUAUGUUUUGUACAGAUGUUGACCAUUAACUUUAACUUUGAAUUAAAUAAAUAUUUGGAAUCAAAUGUGUAAAAAACACACA